AUGCGAGGGCGGAAGCCUCAGUUCCCCAAAGGCAAGGCAAGGGGAGCGCCAGAAGUCAAAGUGAGGCCUGAGGGUUUUCCCAGCCCAAGAGGAGCCCCACCCCCACCCCAUCAGCCCUGGGAUCCGACUCCUGCCGGGAAUCCUCAGGGAGCUGGUCUCCUCAGGGGGCUGCCCUGGGGCAGCACAGGAAGGAGCCCAGCCCUGCAGGGUGUCCAGUCAGGGCAGCAGACACCUCAGCGCACGUGGAAGGGCCCUGCUGGCGCCCCUUACCCUGCCUUCCACCCACGAGGGCCCAAUGGCUCGUCACCGGAUGUGACGUGUCCUGACUUCCGCCCCAGAAGGGCGUUGAGAGCCAGUUGGAGCCGGUUGGGGCCAGUCAGGACAGGACUCGGGUCAGCAGAGGCAGACCUUCUGGGCACAGUUCCAGGAGAUGGGAGCCCGUCAGGAGUGACUGCGAGGGACGGCCAGUGCCCCGCCCCGCAGAACCCACAGCAAUCUCCUCAUGCUCCCUCCUGGCAGCCAGGGACGGGAAACGCCCUCAGGCCCCACCGCCCUUCCCCGUCUCCACCUCAGGGUUCUCCGGGAGGUGAGGGCCUUGGUCUGAAGGGCACCGCCGUCAGGGAGCAGAGGAGCCCAGGGCCGCGGGGAGGAAAGACAGAGGUGGCCCGCAGCCACUUGUGCGUCAACCCCCUCAGGGGCCCCAGGCCACAGCCAGGUGCUGGUGCCGCCUCUGUCCUCCUCCCCCUGACCCCCUGCCUGGCGUCCCUGGGAGACGCGGGCCUCCACGGAGGGAAGUCGCAGGCCUGGCCAGGAGAAGAUGAGGACUCUGAGUGGGCACUGCUGGGACUGCCCUCCCCGCCCCCUCCCGCCCCGCCGCGAAGAGUGGAGACGUCACAGAGUCUGGCCUCCCCUCCUGUCAGUACUGGGGGCUGGGGGCAGGACGGUGAAUGCAGCCUGAAGCAUCCCUCAUCUACCCCCACAGGGGGUGAGGGCUGA